AUGUCGACAUUUGAACAGUUGUUGGUAUGAAGUAGGUACCUUUGGAACAAGUCUCAGUCAUAUUGACCUGUGGGAGAAUACACAGUAUGUAAAACACUUUCCCCACUACAUACAGCGACAUGUAUGGGGGAAAAGAAGAACACCGCAAGGAGAAAAAGACUGAUCACGAAGGGGAUGUAAUAAGUACCAAUGACACGUUGGAAGGAAAAUCUGAAAAAUAAUCAUAACUUUGGAUACAACGAGCAUACUGACAACAUAUAUAUUGUAGCAGUAAUCUACAUAGUUUGAAAACAUAACAUUUGUAGAAAACACAAACAAAUAUAUAUAGCUCAACGAUGACCUGUCAACCUCCUCCGACAGUUGCUCACGGACAUCUGGUCAACUCUCAAGCAUCUUACGUUAUCGGUUCGACAAUACAGUAUGGAUGUAACGCGAUCUACAGCAUGACCGGAGGUUCCACCCUGCAGUGUGUAGCGGCUCCUACUGGCGCUUCAGGUUCUACCAAUCCACCACAUUGGCUGGGUUCAUACCCCAUCUGUUCACUUGAGUUUCUGGAGACAGCCUGGUUCUGGUUGCUGAUAGGUAUACUGGGACUUCUCACUCUGGGUCUGAUUGCUUGUCUCACCUGGUUCUGUAUCCGAUACUGCUGCAACAACUGUAGACGCCAAAGAAAAGUGCGGGACGCUGCGGAUAUCGAAGAAGGUCAACAGUCUAGAUCUCAGUGCAGUAAACUGUGGUGUGGAUGCUGCUUCUACUGCAUGCGUACACCGGAAAAAACGACAGAUGGAUGCUGUGACUACUUUGGUUGCUGUGGUUACGCCGGAUGUUGUUCAUGUUGUUGCUGGUGCUGCAGAUGUUGCCGAGAACCUGUAGAACCGGAAAGAACAGUGCGCGUGCGUCAAGGCAAACACAAACAUCGGUCGAUAUUUUCAAUAAAGAGGCAAAGAUCGGUCAACAAGAAGAAGAAAAUGUCUUUGAUAAAGUUGAGAAGCAAGCGCCAGAUCGCAAGGAGUACUUCCUUACCAACCACUCAGAUGGUGCGCUCACUGAUACAGGACGACCCCGUCAUGUUUCGAAAGGUGGCCAAGGAACUUCCGGUUUGGAUGCCGCAUACGCAUUCGAUCAGAGACAUCAAUACAAGUACUAAGUAGGUCACAUAACGUUCACUUAUACAGAGAACGUCUGUAUAAUGUGUUUGUGUUAUGAAAUUAAAUUAAAGAUUAUAUCAAUUACUAGCGUUCAGCUAUCUAGUCCAUUUAAGUAGUACACACUAUGUUUUCAGCAUGCUUGUUUUGAAUAGAAAUGAAUUGUGGUUCUGUAGCAAGAGUUGUCUUUCUUUGACAAUAUAAAGACACACAUUUGUACAAAAUAAGAUUGUAUAUCAUGGUGUCGACAGACAGGAAAAAGAUUUCACCUCAAAUGCGACACACAGAUAUUAUAUUUAAGGAACAUAUGCAUGAUCAACUAUAUGUGACAUCCGCCUUACUAUUAAUGCAGCUAUUAAAUCUGUGAUUGAAGGAUCGUACGUUAUAAAUUAUUGAAAAACGAAUUGCUUUCGCACAAGCUUACUAUGAAAUGAUGAAAAUAAUAAUUAUACAGUGUACUAUAUGUCAGACUUGCCAAAUGAGAACUAUAAAUUUUAAUUAUAAUGUAAAAAAAUAUUUGUCAAAUUCAAAUGUUCACCGGGCUAAAAUAAAAAUAGAGAA